GACGCCUGGUUCUUUUUCCGCCCGCGCUUCCUGCUCCGGGACUCCGGGCGCCGUGCGGGAGCCUCCCUGCGCCCUCUGCCCGGCCCGGGCCCCGAGCCGGGGGCGAGAUGGCCCUGCAGCCCCCGCUGCGGGGCGCCAAGCCCAAGCCCAAGCCCAGCCUGCCCCCCCACUACUACGAGGGCUUCCUGGAGAAGAAGGGGCCGCAGGACAAGGGAUAUAAGAAAUACUGGACAGGCCUGCAGGGGCUCACGCUGUAUUUCUACAACACCAACCGAGAUGUGCAGUACGUGGAGAAGAUCGACCUGGACAACUUCGUGUCCCUGACCGACAGCUACCUCCGGAGCGGCCCCCAGGCCAGCAACGAGGGGGUGGGGCUCAGCCUGAAGCUGAGGGGGCAGGAAGUGAAGUUAAAGGCCGAGAGCCUGGAGGCUCGGGAGAUGUGGAAGGGUUUCAUCUUCACCAUGGUGGAGAUGCAAGUCCCCUCCAACCUGACGUUGCUGCCCGGCCACAUCUACAUGAUGUCUGAAGCCCUUUCCAAAGAGCAGGAGCGACGGGCCCAGCUGAGCCAGCGCCGCGCCACGAGCUCCCUCCACUACGAGUUGCUGGAGGAGGAGAUGCCAGCCUGCUAUUUCAAGGUCUCCAGGACAGAGGCCCGGGUCCUGCUGGAGAGGAACCUGGACUGCGGCAACAUGCUGCUGCGUCCAGGGGGCGACGGGAAGAGCAUCUCGGUGACCACGUGUCAGAUGCUGAACGGCACCCCGGUUGUGAAGCACUACAGAGUGAGCCGUGCGGGACAGCAAUAUGUCGUUGAGGUUGAUCGGCCGCACCACUGCUCCUCCCUGGCCGACGUGGUGGAGUACUUCGUCUCCAACACCAAGAAGACCCUGGUGCCCUUGAUCCUGGACGAGGAUUACGCUGAGAAGUUAGAGUUUGUGGAGACUGAUAAGGAGAACGGAGAGAGCGUCUGGGAAACAUCCAUGCCCCCCUGCCCAAAGCCCCCCAAAGCCGGUGCCAAAGUGGAGGCAAUGAUUCCACCCACCUCCAGACAAAGCCCUCUGUCGAAGCCCCUUCCCACGCCCCCAGCGCCUGCAGAGGGUCAAGAAGAGACCUACGUGAAUGAUGAAGAUGUGGCAGCCAUCAAGGGAACAAAGCCAAAGCCAGCCUGCCUGGGCCCCGUGAAGGUGAUUUGGGAAAGGGGCGGCCAGACCAAGGCGCCGCCUGUACCACCCGGCAAGCCAGCCGCUAAAGGCCAGUAUAUGAAGACACCCAGCAGCACCCUCAACCUACGGCAACAUGGUAGCAGCUCCUCCCGCCAGGCCACGUCGUGGGUCGGAGACCUCCCCACAGACAUAUCAGAGGAGCUGGCGCGGAAGCUACAGGAACGAAGAGCCAACCUGGAGGACUGACCCGCUGCCCUGCAUGGAUGGCAUGGCGGGCGAGGAGGGUUCUGCUGGGAACACAGGGUUCCAGUCCUCUCAGGGAACAAAACCUUGGCCCCAGACCUCUCCUGACUCUUGGGCAGUGUUGAUCACGUACCCAGGGCCCGGCCCUUCUUCUCUGGCCCUUUCCCAGCACCGUGAGACACUGGUUUGUAGGGCUCGCAGCCCCCCCCCCUUCCCCGCCGAGAUAGCCUUAGCUCUGGGCCCUUCGGUGGUUUUUCUAGGGGCAAGGCUGCCACCUUGCAUUGGGCCCCGGCUGUCCCCUUUCCGUGGCUCAGAGUGGCUGCCCCUAAGCCCGGUGUGAUGUGGUCUGUGGGUGCCACGUGCCUGGACAAGCAGCAAGUGCCAAAGGGAGAGAACGGUGCCCCAUGGGUGGAUCUGGGCACAGCUGUGUGCCCUUGCCACCAGAGAGGAAGCUAAUCCAGAUCCCGGCAGGCUGCGACUGGCCCUGCUGCAGAGCAAGGGGGUCUCUGCGGGUAACGCCAGAGCACCUUUAAUAGCCAUGUGAUUCCCACAGUCCCAGGAGGGCUGUGGGCAAGGAGCUAAUCACACCCCCAGAUCAGGGAGGAAGCCUCAGGGGUUGUGUGCUGCGCUCGGACUCAUUUGCCUAGACCAGGCCCUUUGCAUGCUGCAGAUCAGGCUUAAAAGGCACGGGAGGCGGGGGAGAUGGGUGACGCCUUCCCAUGCCCAGGUUUCAGAGUAGCAGCCCUGUUAGUCUGUAUUCGCAAAAAGAAAAGGAGUACUUGUGGCACCUUAGAGACUAACCAAUUUAUUUGAGCAUAAGCUUUCGUGAGCUACAGCUCACUUCAUCGGAUGUGAGCUGUAGCUCACGAAAGCUUAUGCUCAAAUAAAGUGGUUAGUCUCUAAGGUGCCACAAGUCCUCCUUUUCUUUUUUCCUAUGCCCAGUCUGCUUAGGGGUGUUUCACGGUGCGGGGUAAACCAAAGGCAGAGCUGAGGGGCACACCUGUGCCUGGAAUGCCAGCGGGGCUGGAAGCUAGAAUUGAGGGGCAGUGGCAGGGCUGGCCAGGGGGCAUCCCAGGGCUAGAAUAGCAGGUGGGCUGCAGUUUGGGUUUGGGGGGCAUCAGCAAAGCUGUAUGUAGGGGGAGCCCAGGGCAGUCCUGAAGUGGGGUGCAUUGACAGAGGUGUGCCUCAGGGCUGCCCUGGGCUGGAGCUCAGGGCUGAGGGCACCGGCUGAGCUGUGAGUGGGGCCCAGGGCUGGUACAGCAGGGAGCUCCAGUUUGGAACUGGGUGUGUUGGCAGGGUGGUGCACGGGAAGGUCUCAUGGCCCCUGCCAACACUACCCAGGGCUCCAGGGAGCUCCUCAGUCCCUCCCCGACGUCUGCACUCAUCAAUUAGAACAGCAAGACUGGGUCAGACCAACAGACCAUCUAGUCCAGUGUCCUGUCUGCCAACAGUGGCCAGUGCCUGAUGCUUCGGAGGGAAUGAACAGAACAGGGCAGUUAUUGAGUGAUCCAGUCCCAGCUUCUGGCAGUCAGAGGCUACAGACACCCAGAUUAUGGUGUUGCAUCCCUGACCAUCUUGGCUAAUCACUGUUGAUGGGCCUACCCUCUAUGAACAGAUCUAAUUCCUUUUUGAACCCAGUUAUACUUUUGGCCUCCACAACAUCCCCUGGCAAGGAGUUCCACAGGUUGACGGCACGUUGUGUGAAGAAAUACUUCCUUUUGUUUGCUUUACACCAGCUGCCUCUUAAUUUUAUUGGGUGACCCCUGGUUAUUGUGUUAUGUGAAGGGGUAAAUAUCACUGCCUUCUAUCAUAUCCUUAGUUCUCUCUUUUCCAAGCUGAAAAGUCCAUCUUUUCAAUCUCUCCUCCUAUGCAAGCUGUUCCAUGCCCCUAAUCAUUUUCAUUGCCCUUCUCUGUACCUUUUUCCAAUUUCAAUAUAUCUUUUUUGAGAUGGGGUGACCAGAACUGCAGGCAGUAUUCAAGGUGUGUCCGUACCAUGGAUUUAUACGGUGGCAUUAUAUUUUCUGUCUCGUUAUCUAUCCCUUUCCUCAUGGUGCCUAACACUGUUUAGCUUUUUUGACUGCUGCUGUGCAUUAAGCAGAUGUUUUCAGACAAUGAUCCACAAUGGCUCCAAGAUCUCUUUCUUGAGUGGCAACAGCUCAUUUAGAUCUUUAAUUCUCCUAAGUCCCUCUGGGGAAAAGAUCCUACAUUCCUCUGAGUAUGAAUCAGUAUUUUUCCAAAUGUCAAAUUCCCUUUAAAGCCUCAGCCAUGAAUCAUUCCCUCUCCCAGGCAUGGGCCUAUCCCCAAACCCCCUGCCCUUCUCUCUGAUCUGUGCAGGCUGCCUCCCUUCCCUUCCUGCUAACCCCUGCAAGCAGGGGGCCAGACAGACUGGCCUGGCCGGUGCACUGGACUCUUCCAAGCAGUGCCCUGGGCAGCUUGUCUUUGGCACAUGCCAUGGUGCGCAAUGAUGCUAGAGCUGGUGAUGCAUGGCUCCUCUCAGUCUAUCCUGUACAUUGCACUUGGUGUUGUGCCUUGAAAUCGGCAGUACUGUGGAGAUGUACGCCAGCUGAGGGCUGGCUCACUGGCUCUCCGAAGGGCGGUGCUUUUGAAGGGAUUUGUACAGUGUUCAAUUGUUACCCACUUUGCAUACGUUGCUAAUAAAAUUGACAGUUUUCCCUCGA